ACAAAAUGGACCCAUAUACAAAAAAAACACAAGGAAAACAAAGUUAGUAAAAAAGUCAUGACUCAACUCCCAGCAAUUAUCACAGCAAAUAGAUACACAAUUUUAGAUAAUAUAGAAUCAACAAAAAACACCAGUAUUAUAGAAUCAAACUUAUUGAGCCAACCAUGUCAAUAUAAAUACAAAACUAACCUUUUGCACACAACAAAAUGCAAUCAAACCAUAAAUCAACUAUCCAGACAGAAUAUUGAACUUUCAAUCUUUUCUGACAGCCAAGGGCAUAGUAUGAGCCAUUAUAUUGAAGAAAGAAGCAGUAAUAUCAGAGUCCUUGGAAGCGUCAUGCCUAAUGCUAGGAUUGAACAAGUAAUGGAAGUAGCAGUAAAAUCCACUGGAAAUGAUGCUGUUGUUAUCAUGGGGGGAACUAACAAUUUACUACAAAAUGAUACCAAUGCAAUAUAUCGGUCAAUAGAGGAUUCACUAGCUACACUAAACAAAAAAACUCCUGUUAUACUGUGUACAAUCCCUCACAGAUUUGAUCUAGAGAAGUACGACUUGAUAAAUUCCAAGAUUGACUUGAUGAAUAGCUACAUGAGGGAACUGGCACUCCGCCUAAAGUCUACAUAUAUUAUUGAAUUGGAGCAUCUAACCAGAUUUGAUUAUACAAGGCAUGGGCUGCAUUUGAACCGAAAUGGGAAAAUAAAAAUCUGCAGACAAAUUUUGGACACACUGGCAGUAAUAUUUUCAAAAUCAUUUAACCGAAACAAGAUUAAUUUCAUUAAUGGAAACAUGAAACAUGUGAUAAAAAGAUUUUGUAAUGACGAAACUGUAGCAUUCGCCCAUUGUAUUUCCAAUGACUUUGGAAGCGCAAAGCAAAUGAGUGCUGGAGUAGCCACAACAUUUAAGGAAAAAUUUGGGAGGCCCAAGCCUUCAGAUUGCUUAACAAGAGAUUUAUCAUUUCAGAAACGUCACAAUGGAUGUGCGGUCUAUGGAUUGAUUACUAAGCAACAAUACAACCAUAAACCAACUGAGGGCAGCUAUAAAAAUGCUUUUACAGCACUUGUCAGAGACUUCAAAACUCGAAACUUUCAAAGUCUAGUAUGCUCCCCUAUGGGUUGCAUACGUGAUGGAUUAGCACCUGAAGUGUUUGCUGAAAACAUUGUUAGCUUUCAAAUAAAAACAGCAACCCCAGUAAAUAUUAUUAGCUAUAACAAAGCUCCUUUUAAGAAACUACACAAUGGUUACACUUACAACAACCUUAUCCAAUGUAUUCAAAAUGCUAUCGAUGAACUGUACCUAAAACUGAAAAUACCUUCUUCCACUGACGCUGAACUGUACUCAUUUGUGAACCCGGAGGAGCACACACCCAUAGAACAACUUACUACCCAACAAAUGAUUUCAACAACCAAUGUCUCUAUCUUGGAUACAAGUGAAAAAGAUGGUUCAGUGCAAGUUAUUAAAAAUGUUUCCGGUGAAAAGCAGAGUACUAGUGUUGUGUCGGAUAGGUCUGUGUACAGACCAAACGGAGAUGUUAUUACUGAUAAUGGUUUUUUAGAUUGA